UUCUGGCACUGACAUUUUGUUUAUUUUCCCAAUUUACCCCUUCGAACACCGGAAAAUCCAACGAGAAUCGAAGGACGACGAUGGCAGCGCCGGCGGUAGAGGGAGUCGCAGUUGGAGCCGCCGCACUUCGUUCUGUCUUGCUCCGAGUCCGGCAAGCCGCGCAGCGCGCCGGUACCCAACCUGAGCGGGUCCGGGUCGUCGCUGUAUCUAAAACCAAACCCGUCUCUCUUAUCCGCCAAAUCUACGACGCCGGUCACCGUCGCUUUGGUGAAAAUUAUGUUCAAGAAAUUGUGGAUAAAGCUCCACAGCUUCCUGAGGAUAUUGAGUGGCAUUAUGUUGGGCAUUUACAGAGCAACAAAGCUAAAAUACUUUUGACCGGAGUCCCAAACCUGGCCAUGGUUGAAGGUGUAGACAAUGCGAAGGUUGCAACUCAUCUUGAUCGAGCAGUUUCAAACCUUGGAAGGAAACCAUUAAAGGUUCUGGUCCAAGUAAAUACCAGUGGAGAAGCAUCUAAAUCUGGUGUGGAUCCUUCUGACUGUGUAGAGCUUGCAAAAUAUGUCAAACUCCAGUGUCCGAAUUUGGAUUUUUCAGGCUUAAUGACAAUAGGGAUGCCUGAUUACUCAUCAACUCCAGAAAACUUCAGGACGUUGUCAAACUGUAGAGCUGAGGUUUGCAAGGCACUCGGAAUGGCUGUGGAUCAAUGCGAACUGUCGAUGGGCAUGUCAGGCGACUUUGAGCAAGCAAUCGAAAUGGGCAGCACCAAUGUGAGAAUUGGUUCAACCAUUUUUGGACCAAGGGAAUAUCCCAAGAAGCAAACUCAGUAACGCCUUCAAAGCCUUCCUGCUGCUGUUUGAUGUAUACAUAUUCUUGUGUAAUUGAUUAGUGUGUAUGCAUUUUUCACCACCAUUUUUAUAUUCAUACUUAUGCUUGUUCAUACUAUAUAACAAUAUAAUAUAUAUAAAUAAUUAAUU